GUGAGAGCAGGAGGUGAAGGGGGAAGAGAGUGAUUGAGAUGGAGUCAGUGUGGACUGGAAUAUUACAGAAAUACUCAGGGAUUUGAGUUAAAUUCUCGCUCCAGCAUUUGCAGCAAAUAGGAAAAUGACCUUGGCCUCGGGACAAGUUUUUGGAGGUCUGAAGGAGAGCAUUUACACAGCAAACUCAAGCCAAGGAUUUUAAAUGAGAAGGAUUUGCAAAGCGGAAAGUCGAAAACAAAAACGAUGUCAACAUCCAACAGUCUCAUUCGAUUUAUCUGGAUCUGACUAUCAUCGAUCUUUGACCUUGGAAGAAAGAAGGGUGGUGUGGAAUUGUUGGGCCGAAGGUCCUGUUUCCAUGCUGUAGGAUAUAAUAAAAUUUACAGCCAGGAAACUUGAAUCAAACGUCUCAUUCAAACCUGACAGAGUCACUUGAUUUCUGUGGAUGUGGACAUUACUGUUUUUUACUGUAUCCAUUGUGUUCCAGCUGCAGGCUCUAGCUGGAGAGUUUCAAUUUGGAGGGUAAUAGAGCACAAAGCUUUUCACUCAGGAAACUGAAACCGAACAUCAGACUGUGAUCUGACAGAAUUGCCUCCAUCACCUGAAUAUUUUCAUGUUUUAAGCAUGGAAGAAAAAGGCACUGUUCCCAGUGGAGAGGAACCGUACAUGUGUUCUGUAUGUGGACAAGCAUUCGCCUGGUCACUUGACCUGUCAGAACAUAAAUGCAGUCCGAAUGGGGAGAAACCAUGGAAAUGUUGGGACUGUGGGAAGGGAUUCAGAUCCCCUUCUGACCUGGAAAGGCAUCAGCGCAGUCACACUGGAGAGAAGCCAUUCACAUGCUCAGAUUGUGGAAAAGGAUUCUCUCAGUCAUCCCAUUUGCUGACACAUCAAAGAGUUCACACUGGAGAAAAGCCAUUUACCUGCUCAGAUUGUGGGAAGGCAUUCAGUCAGUUAUCACACCUGCAGACGCACCAGCGAAUUCAUAUUGAUGAGAGACCUUUCAAAUGCCUAGACUGUGGGACGUGCUGUAAAAGUUCCAGGGAACUGAUGUCCCAUCAACAUGUUCACAUUGAGGAGAAACUAUUCAGGUGUUCUCACUGUGGGAAAAGGUUCAAGACAUUUUCUCAUCUCACUGUGCACCAACACAGUCAUGCAGGAGAGAGACCAUGGACAUGUGGAGACUGUGGGAAGGGAUUUGAUUAUCCAUCUGAUCUGGAAACUCAUCAACGCAGCCACACUGGAGAGAGACCAUUUGUCUGUCCAGAGUGUGGUAAGAGAUUCACGGAGUCAUCCACUCUGCUGAGACACCAGAGAAUUCAUACUGGAGAGAGGCUGUUCACCUGCUCAGAGUGUGGGAAGGGAUUCAUUCAGUCCUCUGACCUGCUGAGACACCAGCAAGUUCACACUGGGGAGAAACCUUUCGCUUGUGUGUGUGGGAAUGCAUUCACUCGCUCAUCUACAUUGCUGACACACCUGCGCAGUCAUGCUGGGGAGAGGCCAUUCAUUUGUUCCCAGUGUGGGAAAGGAUUUGCUCGGUCCUAUACCCUGCUGACACACCAACGCGUUCACACUGGGGAGAAGCCAUUCACUUGUUCCCGGUGUGGGAAGGGAUUCACUCGGUCAUUCGUUCUGCAGAGACACCAGCAAGUUCACAACUAACUACAAGAUUCCUUCAUAGAUUGAAAGCUGUCAAACUCAGCGUUGAACAUAUCACUGCAAGCUGGGACAUUGAAUCACUCAUAAGAUUCUGAGUACUAGUGAAUCUCCGAAUGAAGAAAUUCCUCACUUUCUCCACAUGACUUUCUGUUGUGAAUGGGCAAAUGUUGUUCGUAUGGACACUCCUGUGUUGGACAGGCGCCGCAUCAUUGUGGAGUGCAAUAUCCAUGUGCAGUUUUGAUCAACAGCCUCGGGAGCCAGUGGGAAGUUCCCAGCAUAAGAAUAGUCAAGGAGUUUGGGAUAGAGAGGAAAAGAACGAGGCCAAAGAAACAAGGAAGUUGGAAACUAACUGAAAGUUUCCACACUACCACCCUUAACUUGUAACUUCUUAAACUUACUGAGAGGGAAUGGAGAACAGAGGUGAGUCCCAAUCCAGUAUGGCAUGGGAGAUGAUUCAGAAACCAUUCUGCAUGGGAGGCAAGUCCUGGGCUGGAGCAGAAGGCAGUCCAAGCCCAGGACACCCUUGGAGACAAGUCCCAGAGACUCUGGCCUUCUGAAAUUUGAGUGAAAGAUAACGGUUGCCCAGCUGACCACUCGCACCCACUGUGGGAUUCCUCCGCUGAGCAACUGAAGGACAAAGUCACACGAGGAAACCUGAGCACUGUAUGAAUCUGGCAAAAUCUGGGGCUGCUACUUGGAAAAUGCAACCAAGAAUGUUGCUAGAUAGACAUAGAAACAACUUUUGCACCAAUGUUCUUCAGUCUACUGAACCUGCUACCCAAUCUGAGCCUACACAAAGCUCUGGCCUCAAUGUGGGAAGAGAGAGAACAAGAGGAAAGACUCAGAGUAUAAAGGAGAGAUUUUACUGCUUAAUGCUCCAACAGUCAGACAUAUCCUCAUGACCUGAGCCUGCAGAAGACUGCCAACACUGAGCAAUGGAGAGAAUCGGGGUGGUCCAGAGAUGGAGGAAAGGAAAAAGUCAGUCUUUGCAAUUUCAGGCCGUUUAAUCUUGUUGUGUUUAAUAUUCUUUACAAUGAUCCUGUAUGAAUGAAUUACAAAUCUUAAAUAUUUUGUAGGUUUGGAUUUCAAUGAUUCAACAUUUAAUCUGAAGCAAAAGGAAUAUAUGUUUCAGUUUUUGAGUUCCUGCAUCGACCUGUUUAUUCAUGCCAGGGCACAAUGUAAAUUCAGAGAGGAGGUCAAAAAUGGGGUAAAAUAGCCUCUAGUUGUAAUUAAUAGACAACUUAAAUGAUGAAAGUCUUUUAAAAGAAAGUGAAUUGUACAUUAUAUUGCAUAGUUUACGAUUUUCCAUGCUACCCAGGGACCCCGCUAAUAUGGACUUAUUAGCAAUACGCAACAUGGUUUUGUGCAGGGAAGGUUGCUCAGUGGUUAGCACUGCAGCCUCACAGCACCAGGGACCCAGGUUUGAUUCCAGCCUUGGGUGACCAUCUGUGUGGAGUUUGCACGUUCUCCACGUGUCUGUGUGGGUGUCCUCUGGGUGCUCCGGUUUCCUCCCACAGUCCGAAGAUGUGCAGGUUAGGUGGAUCGGCCAUGCUAAAUUGCCCAGAGUGUUCAGGGAUGUGUGGGUUAUAGGGGGAUGGGCCUGGGGGGGAGGUGCUUCAAGGGAUGCUGUGGACUUGUUGGGCCGAAGGGCCUGUUUCCUCACUAUAGGGAAUUUAAUCUAAUCUAAUCUAAUCCCCCAAACUUGAUUGAGUGUUUUUUUGAGGAAGUGACAAAAAUUAUUGAUGACAGCAGAACAAUGAACGUUGACUACAGAACUUUAGUGAGGCCUUUGACAAGUUCCCUCAUGGCAAACUAACAUAAAAGCUGAUGUCACCUCAGGUAGACAUUGAGCUCAAAGGAUGGAUGCAGCAGGCAGAGAAGAGCUAUAGGACGGUGUUUUUCUGGUUGGAGAUCCGUGACCAGUGUUUUUCUGCAGGGAUUAAUACUGAGAUCCCAGCUGUUUGUAAUAUACAUAAAUGAUUUGGACGAGAAUGUAGUUUGCAGAUGACACAAAGAUUGGGGAAGCUGCAGAUAAAGAGGAGGAUUUUCAAAAGAUACAGCAGGAUAUGGUGACUUGAGUGGCGACUUGACUAUAGAAAUGGCAGAUGGAGUUUAAUCUGGAUAAAUGUGAGGUAGUGCAUUUUGGAAGAUCUAUUGCAGGAGGGAAGUAAUUAGCAGAACCCUUAAUAGCACCAAUAUACAAAAGGACUGAGGCAGAUGUGUCCACAACUCCAACACAAGUGGAUAAAAGUGGACUUACCUUCAUCUGGCAGAGCCUAGAGUGUAAAAAAUGGCAAGUCAUGUUGCAGCUGUAUAAAACUUUAGUUAGGUCACAUUUGGAAUAUUGUUCACAGUUCUGAACACCACACAACAAGAUGAAUGUAGGGGCUGUUUACAGGGCACAGCAAUGGUUUUCCAGGAUAUUGCCUGUUUUGGAUGCUGUUAGCAGUGAGGAGAGAUUGACCAAACUUGAGAUAACACAGCAUGGAGCUGGAGGAGCACCGCAGGCCAGGCAGCAUCAGAGGAGCAGGUAAGUUGACGUUUCAGGUUGGGAAGAAGGGUGCCGACCCGAAACGCCAACUUUCCUCCUCCUCUGGUGCUGUUUGACCAAAAUUGGUUUGUUUUCACAUCAACUUUGAAGAAUGAGGGCGACAUGACAGAAAUAUAUAUGAUUAUGAGAGGUAUGCAUAGUGUGAUGAGUCUUUUUUUUAAACCCCAGAGUGGAAAAACCAAUUAGUAUGGAAUGUAGUUUUAAGUAAAAUGGAGCAAGUUUAAAGGAGACAUGAGAGGUAAAGUUUUCACACAGAGGGUGAUAAGUGCCUGAAAUGCACUGCUAAUGGAGGUGGUAGAGGCGGUUGCAAAAGUUAUGUUUAGGAGACAACUUGACAGAUGUAUGAAUAGGCAUGGAAUAGAGCGAACCGGACCAUGUAGAGACAAAAGGUUUUUGGUUUAGAAAGGCAUCAUCUAUUGGCAAAGUCUUGGUGGUCCGAAAGGCCUAUAUCUAAUCUGUACUGUUCCUUUGUUCCUUUUUGUUUCGCUCCUCCAUCUGUAGAUGGGCUUAUGUAUUUGCAUCUGAUUGUUCUCCAAGGUGGACCUUUAUCUGUAUUGAGAUAUUUGAUUUGUUGAAUAUCUU